AUGGCUGCUUCCUUGAGCAACUUGCCCUUUCCCAUUGAUGAGCUGGCCUGGGACAAGUUGCACGUUGUGGCCAAGCACCUGAAGGUCAACAGGGCGGAGGCAUUCACAAUCAUGCACCAUGUCCUUGGGCCACCUCCUACUCCGUUGCCAGACAUGGAGAAUGAGACGAAGCCUAAGCGCAAGAAGAAGGAUAUCAAUUCUGCCGAAUCUCCAACGCCCAAGUCGCAGCCCUCGCAGCCCUCCAAGCCCAUCAAAGCCAAAGCGACAGCAGCCAAGUCAAAGCCGAAAGGCAAAGCAAAAGCCAAGAGCGGUGCAUCGGCAUGCCAGCCCAAGAAGGUCAAGAAGGUGCAUGGGAAAAAGGCGAAAACGCAGAAGCAGGUCGAUGCCAAGAAGAACAAGUCAGUACCUCCUGAGGAGGCCGAAGAUGUUGAGACCCCCGCCACAGAGUACUAUGCAUUAUAUGGCCCUGAACAUGCAGAAGAUGGCCCUGAACAUGCAGAAGAUGUGACCCGGAAGCGCAAGCCGCCAGUGCAGGUGCCGUUGGACGCAAUUGCUGGGGAUGGUUUGGUGACGCCUUCCCGUCGACGCGCAGUGGGCAAGCCCAGUGAUCAAGGCGCGUCAUGUGAUACUUUGAAGCGCGCAAUUGACUUUGUCAACAACCAGGGGCCCCAUGACAAGCUGGGCGAGCAGACCAAGGAGUUGGAUUCCAUCUCGACUGCGAGCACGAUUGUGCUUGGUGAGAGCCAGCCUGGAGAUCUACAAAAUCAAUUGUCGGCAGCGCUUGCAUACAUCAAGCAGUUGGAGUCCUGUCAGGUCGCUGCUGGUGCCCCUGCCGAGCCUUCUAAGCUCCAACGGGCAACUCCUUUGGAGGAAGAUGGCCCUUCGAAUGUCACGUUGCCAGACACGAUCCCUGGAGACAUUUCGGCUGCGCCCUCCCCUGCUCUUCCUGAAACUGUGCCUGAUGUGCCCAUGCAAGAGGAGGAGCCAGACCGCCAGAGUGAUCAUGAGAUGGAUUUGGAUCAACCAGCCACACUUUGCGACGAAGAUGAGAGGAUGGCUGACAAUGACGUGACUUCUGCAGUGAACGAGAAGAGCUUGGAGAAGGAAGACAGCUUGGCUUCCACGGCCAGUUUGGGGGAGUCGUGGGAGCGAGAGUUCUACGACUACAAGGAGGAGAAUGGGAAAUGGGUAAAGUAUAUCAAAGACAAGUAUGUGGCCCUUGCCAAAGCCAGAAACUGGAGCCUUGGGCCAAUUGAUAUCACCGCUGAAGCUGCGCCUCCCAUGGAGAAGCUUGGUGUGCUCUCCAUCAAGGCUGGCCAGACUUCUGACCAACAGCCUGAUGCUGCAGUUCCAACCUCUGCUGAGCCAAUGGCCCUUGUCCAACAGCCUCCUGCUGCAGCCCCGACCUCUGAGCCAAAGAUUCCUGUCCAACAGCCCAAUGCUGCAGCCCCGACCUCCUCUGAGCCAGAGAUUCCUGUCCAACAGCCCAAAGCUGCAGCUCCGACCAAUGAGCCAAAGAUCCCUGUCCAACAGCCGGAUGCUUCAGCCGUUGAAAAGGAGAAGCCGGACAGGCCAGUUCUUCAGGAAGCGGCUGGCCCACCAGACCGCACACUUGAGCUAGCUGGUUUGCAAGCCUUGAUGAAAGGUCAGGUGGAACGAGAACAAGCUGCAGCCCUGGCCGAGGCCACGAGAGUUGAAGGACUUCUGAACCCUGGUCCUAGAGCUGUCGCCGAAACAGCAGGACCUGAUCGUGUCGAUUGGGUGACGCACAAGAAGGAGGGCAUGCGAUUAAAAAGGCUUCUGGAGGAGUCGGCUGAUGGAGCCAAGUCCUUUCCGCACAUGGCCAAGAUGUGGGCUGGCUCAAAGGAGGACAGAAAGCAGCUCUUGCGAGAGUGGGUUCAGAAGAAUGGCGAUGCGGCAGCAAUCGAGGCCAACAUCGUGAUUUCGAAGACAUCGAGCUCAAAGCUGGGCACGCAGAAGGAACUGCUGACCGUCGCUGAGAUGGUUUCACGUGGGUUUCCACGUGAAAAAAAUUCAGCCAUAGUGGCAAAGGGUGGCAUCCCAGAUGCUGACUGCCCUCACCUUCCGAGCCUCUACAAGUACUGGGUCCAAACCAGCUGCGUGUUGAAGGAUGUGGAAGAAGUGAAACAAGAGUCCAAGGUGAACAUUCAGUGCCAACCGAGUGCCGGUGCUUUGGAUGCUAUGAUGAGUGGCCCAAAGGGCCCGAAACAGCGAUGUGCCUUGCCUUCAGGCAGCUUGGAGCAAAUGAUGCAGUCAGUGCAGGCACCAGCUGCAGGAACCACCACUGCAGAUGCUUCCACCGCACCGACCACGGCGGAGCCCAAAGCUAAGUCGAAGGCCAAAGCGAAGGCCAAGGCAAAAUCUGGCGCCAAUGGACGGGUGGGCGAAGUGGUUGCCAAGACCAUGGAUGAGAUGAAGUCUGAGAUGUGCAAUUCCUUAAAGAAGGAAAUGAACGCCGUCAGCAACAUCAGCUUGGAGUUGCCUCAGAACAAUGGACUGCGAAAGAUCCUUGGCGACUUCAAGACCCGAUUCGAAGAAGCCAUCGAUGAGCUACUCAUCUCAAAAUAA